CCUUUUUUUUUUUUUCUCUUCUCUUCCCACAAACCCUAGCUCUGAACUUUCCCGGAAAAUCAAACAACUCCGAGAAAGAAAAAUGUUGGAGCUGAGGCUUGUUCAGGGCAGUCUGCUGAAGAAGGUCAUGGAGGCGAUCAAGGAUCUGGUCAACGACGCCAACUUCGACUGCUCCGCCACUGGAUUCUCUCUCCAGGCCAUGGAUUCGAGCCACGUGGCCCUGGUGGCGCUACUCCUCAGAUCCGAGGGUUUCGAGCACUACCGGUGUGAUCGGAACAUAUCCAUGGGGAUGAAUCUCGGGAACAUGUCUAAGAUGCUCAAGUGUGCUGGGAACGACGAUAUCAUCACCAUCAAGGCUGAUGAUGGAAGUGAUACUGUCACUUUUAUGUUUGAAAGCCCCACUCAAGAUAAGAUUGCUGAUUUUGAGAUGAAGCUGAUGGACAUUGAUAGUGAGCACCUUGGAAUUCCAGAAGCAGAGUACCAUGCUAUUGUCCGGAUGCCGUCAGCUGAAUUUGCUAGGAUUUGUAAAGAUCUUAGCAGUAUUGGCGAUACUGUUGUCAUCUCUGUGACAAAGGAAGGUGUUAAGUUCUCAACAAGAGGUGAUAUUGGAACUGCAAAUGUUGUCUGCCGGCAAAAUACCACAGUAGACAAGCCAGAGGAAUCUACAAUUAUAGAAAUGAAUGAGCCCGUGUCAUUAACAUUUGCUCUGAGGUACAUGAACUCCUUCACAAAGGCAACUCCAUUGUCAAACACAGUUACAAUAAGCUUGUCUUCAGAGCUACCUGUUGUGGUCGAGUACAAGAUUGCGGAAAUGGGUUAUAUCAGGUUCUACUUGGCUCCAAAGAUCGAAGAGGACGAAGAUGAGACUAAGGCUUAAGCUUAAAUUUUCCAAAUUUUGAUCUUCAGCCUUUAACAUUGUAUGAAUUAUUUUAAGAUCAGUCUAUAUGCUGAUAACCUUGUGUUUCAUUGGUUUGGUUAUUUUAGUUCAUAACUUAGCCUUCCACUAUUCCUUUUUACUUUGUGUUCUUGAGUAUCUUGUAUUUGUAUGUUUUUUACUACAUAAAUUUGGUUAGACUUUUAGGGUGUUUUAGAUGGUGUUGAAAUAUUUGAUUUAGCCCCAAAUUUUUUAUGUAGUGGAGAUUUGGGCAACUCACAUUGGCUCUGUACUUUUUAUUGGAUUUGUAUUUUCAAGAAUUUUAGAAUUUCUUAA